AGGCGAGGGAGCGAAGAAAGGAAGGCCGGGGAAAGGGAGGGGCGGGGCGUUCAGGCUCCGCCUCCCCCCGGUCACCUGGCUGCACCCCCGGCACUUGUGCGCGAGCUAGCGAGCGUGUAAGGCCAUGGAAGACGCGGGUGUUGGGCGCGCGCGUCGAGGCAGCCCGGCGCUCCUCGGGCGUGUGGCCGCCUUCCGGGGCCUCCCGGGGCCUCGCCUGACGCUGCUGCCGCCGCUGCCGCUGCUGCUGCUCUGCGGGCCGGUCCUGGGAGAACUGCGCGCCCCUCCGGAAAAGCUUGCUGUUAUUGGAGCUGGGAUUGGGGGCACUUCAGCAUCCUACUACCUGCGGCAGAAAUUUGGGAAAGACGUGAAGAUCCAUGUAUUUGAGAGAGGAAAGGUUGGAGGCCGCCUAGCUACUGUCAAUGUUGAAGGGCAAGACUACGAGGCUGGGGGUUCUGUCAUCCAUCCCCUCAAUCUGCACAUGAAACGCUUUGUCAAGGAACUGGAUCUCUCCACUGUUCAGAGUGUUGAUGGCCUCAUGGGUAUUUAUAAUGGAGAGGAUCUUGUAUUUGAAGAGAGCAGUUGGUUCAUCAUUAACAUGAUUAAGCUUGUCUGGCAUUAUGGAUUUCAGUUUCUCCGGAUGCAUAUGUGGAUAGAAGAUAUCUUAGACAAAUUUAUGAGGAUUUACCGCUAUCAGUCCCAUGACUACUCUUUUAGUAGUGUGGAAGGCUUGCUACAUGCCCUAGGAGGGGACGAAUUCACUGGAAUGCUCAACCGGACCAUUCUCCAGUCCCUUCAGAAAGCAGGUUUCUCAGAGAAAUUCCUCAAUGAAAUUGUUACUCCCGCCAUGAGGGUCAAUUAUGGCCAGAGCACAAGCAUCAAUGGCUUUGUAGGUGCAGUGUCCUUGUCAGGUACAGAUUCUGGACUGUGGUCUGUGGAAGGUGGAAAUAAACGUGUUUGUGAAGAGCUCCUUCAGUUUUCCAAAGCUUUGCUUAUCUCUGGCUCAGUCAUGCACAUAGAGGAGAAAGCAAGGAUGACACAGACAGGAGGACCAAAAAAGGCAUAUGAAGUCACCUAUAAAACAGAUUCAGGGAUAAAUAAAGAUCUCUACGACAUUGUCUUGGUGGCUACUCCAUUGAACCGCAAAAUGUCCAAUAUCACUUUUCUCAACUUUGAUCCACCCAUCCCAGAAUUUCAUCAAUACUACCAUCACUUGGUGACCACUUUUGUUCAUGGGAGACUAAAUGCAUCUUUCUUUGGCUUAAUGGCAACUGAUAGCUUGCAUCUUACUGACAUUUUAACCACCGAUAACCCAAAUCUGUUUAUUAAUAGCAUCUCACAAGUGUCCCCUGUAAAAAGAGAGGCUGAUCUUCAGUCUAAGCCAGCAACUGGUUCAGCUGUUUGGAAAAUCUUUUCCUCAGAAUUUCUUACUAAGGAGCAGCUUAAUUUGCUAUUUGCAUCUCAUGAUUCUGUUCAGGAGAAGGAAUGGCUUGCAUACCCUCACUAUAAGCCUCCAGAGAAGUGCCCUCCCAUCAUACUCCAUGAUCGCAUAUACUAUCUCAAUGGCAUAGAGUGGGCAGCAAGUGCAAUGGAAAUGAGUGCCAUUGCAGCCCAUAAUGCAGCGCUCCUUGCCUACCACCGUUGGUAUGGGAACACAGAGAUGAUUGACCAAGAAGGAUUGUAUGAGAAACUCAAAACAGAGCUUUGAAGUGUCACCAACAUCCUUUUUUUCAUCCUUCCUCCCAUGCUCCCAAAUGAAAUCCCAAGAUGACAAGACAGGGUUGAGUCCCUCCGAGCCAGGGAUGAUGGCAUUGGAUUAGAUAUAGUUGAUUUGUUAUUAUCCUUACUUGAACGAAAGUAAAUCAGUGGUGGGUUUGAAGGAGGUAGAGGGUUCAGUCAAGGAUGAACACAUAAUCAUUGCCUGUAAUUCUGUCUUUAAAAUUGCUGUGUGAAUCUUUGAGGACCUUUUUCAGUUAAGGCUGAAACUAGGUGCAAAAGUAAGGAAUUUGAUAUACCAGUUGUGUUUAUCAAUUAAUUUGGAAACUUUCCCAACUUUGGAAUAGUCUUCAUUGCUUUGUGGAAAUUGUGGAGAGAGCACUGGAGUUGGAGGUAAGAGUUACUAGUUUGUGUGACCUUGGGCACGAGGCUCUUUUUUGAGCCUUAUUUUUCCUCAUCUGGGAAAUGAAAGGACUGGGAAAAUAAUCUCUAAAGUCCUUUCCUUCCUAGCUCUGAGACAUAAUUUAGUACCUGAAGGCUCUCAGUAAUGGGAUAAACUCAUUUUCUUUUUCAAUACUAUAUACCUUCUCCCUCUUCAUUGUAACUGUGCCAUUGCCAAACAUUUCUUUUCCUCUUUGAAAGCCAAAUUCUCAAUUCUGUUGCUCUAUUUGUGGUUUUCUUUUCUUUUUCUUUUUUAAAGGAUAAGGCUCAGGUACUUAUUAAUAAUAUAGCCUCAAAGAUAUUAAGACAGAAGUCAAUAGAAUUCAGUUUUGAAGGAAAACCAACAUUGAGAAAGUAUUAUUUGUCAUUUGAUCUGUACUCAGGUCCACUUCUAAAGUUUGACUUAACCACUAUUUCUCUUUAGUGUUAUUAUUCAGUAUAGUGAGUAUAUUUCACAAGUCCAUUUUAAGAAUGAGAAAAGUGUAUGCUUUUAAAACUGUUCUUGCCUUUGUAUUUUUUUAACUAGGUAGCUAUAUACGGAAUUUUUAAAAGUUCUACCCCACUGAAUACUAUUGAAAAAUCUCAUUCCUACAUCUAAAACAUUAGAACCAACUUUCUAUUUGAAGGAUUUGAGUUAAGGCUGGAAGUAGCCUAACCACAUCUGAAUCAGACCAAAUUGAAGCAUGUUGUAGAAGACAGAAUAUUGGACUUGGCAUAAGACCAGGAUUUGAAUCCUGCCUCAGAUAAUUACUGAGUGUGUCAACCCUUAGGAACCUAUGUAACCUUUCUGGGCUUGAGUUUAUUUAUAAAGAUGGUGGAGUUGGCCUCCACACCUUAAGAUACUCUUCAGCUUUUAAUCCCCAUCAAGUGUAUUUUUUUAUAGCUUUGGGGUAACCCAGAGGGGUUGCUACAGCCUUCAAAUCUCUGACUACAGUGGGCAAAACAGAUCAAAAUUAGCCAGUGGAUGAUAAUAUCCAUAGUAGGCUAGUAUGUACUUGGAGAAAAAUAGAUGGCAAAUAGCUUGCCCUAUGUCUAUAUAAGAUCUUGUUAUAAUGGAAGUCCAAAAAUAGUAAAGAAAAACAAAUUACAAAAUACACAUUGAGAUUCAUGCGAAAAAGAUAUUCCAUACUAAGUUUUUCCAGAAUUCCUUUAACCCAUUAGGGAUUUGAGAAGGAGAAAGAACAUUGGGAUAAUUGAUAUAAUUUAGUUUGAGAGAAUUGCCACUUAGAAGAAUGGAAAAUUCAAAUAGAGCCAAUUCCCAAUUUGCCUACUGUCAGAGAAGAUCAGGUACUUAAUUAGAAUUAGUUAUAUGAAUGAUAACUAGCAAAACCUUAGGUUAUAUACAAAAAGCAGAUUUGAAUUACUGCUUUAUUACAUUAGGGAAUUUUUAUCAACAAAGCACUUGAGGAGAGCUCUCCAAAGAGUUGUGGAAAUCAAUCCUACCACAGAAGUCAAAUUAGCUUAAUUAAUUUUGCCUUUCACAACUAUGUAUACUGAGCUGUAAUUAGUCGGUCAUUAUUUAAAAUUGUAUGUAAAGCUAUAUAGAUGGUUGACAUUCUUUAGUGGCAGAUAUUGAACUUAUACCUAAUGUGGUUGUUAAAGGGUGCUAUAUCCUUUUAUCAUUCAUAGACUAAUUAUUAAAAUCAAGAAAUGGUUUAAAAACUAUUUUUUCUCCUUUUAUAGAUUCUUCCAGAUGAUGGCUAUAGAGCAUAACAUCCCAUGUAUAUAUGCUAAAGGUUGACUGAUGAGUAAUAUAACAAGAUUUGAGUAAAAAAAAAAAAAAAAUCAUGUUUGUCAUUAACACUGCUUUUAGCUAUUUUUUUCUUUGAAAAAACAUACCAAUUGUAUAUUUAUUAAAGUACAAGUAGUUUUUGCUGUCACUGUUAAUAAAGUUAGGACAGAGAUGCAAGUUAUCAGUAGAAACCUUGCUCUUGAUGCAGUGGAUCUUCAGUAUGUGUUUCUAGAGGGUUAUUUUGUGAAAAGUGUCACCAAUGUUCAGAGGGCUUGUAGCAAAACAGAACUAUUCUUGGUUAAAAGAUUUGUGGACUGAUUCUUUUUCAUGGUGAGUCUCCUUCUGGAUAAGUUGGGGUGGAGGUAAGGGGUGGAUAAUUUAUCUUGUGUCCUGUCCCCAGAACAAGUUUUAUCCUAUUUGAUUGUUCUGCUUCUUAUUACACUGUUUAAAAAAUAGGCCUAGGCCAUGUCACUUUAAUUCUAACUCAGGGGCCUAAAUAUUAGAACCUAUAUAUGAAUCCUAGUCUGAGCUUUUAGAGGAAGAAAUACUAUACCCUGCUCUUCUCCUUUUCCCUUCCCCAAUAGUCCACCCAAACCCCCCUAACCCUACAAAUGAUUUCCUGUGGAGUUUUUAUCUAAUUAAAGCCUGGUUAAGGAUUUGUCUUCAUUACCUCCCCCCCCCCCCUUUUUUUUCUUGCUCACAGUGAACUGAAAAUAAACAAAUAUGCCAUUCUGUCCAGUGUCUUUAUUUUACCUGUAGAAAUGUAAAUAGAAUACAAAAGCCAAAAUGGCUGUAGUAUUUAUGCUCCAGUUUCCUGGGUUUCAGUUUAACAGUUUUGAAAUUUAAAGGAACUCUCUGAUUAUCCUUAACUUGUAGCAUCAAACAAAACUGAAGAAUUAAAGAAAAGGCAUCAUUACCAUGUGGUUUUUCUUUUAGAAGUACCCAUGAGAAAGAAGAUAAUCUAAA